AUGUUGAAGGUCCAGGUUGUGUUGCUGGUCAGUGCUGGCCUGCUAGUCGGGUCUUUACUGACGCUGCUGCAUCCCAAGGUCGAGAUCGUGAAGGACAGAAAUUUGUACCAGGAGGCUUAUCUGCAGAGUCCUGAGUAUCUGAACAACACACCGUACUCCAUCGGGUCGAAUCCUUUCGACGCGGACGUGACCACGAGACGAAUCAUGGAGGCGUUCCCGUAUGUUGCCAACUAUAGCGAGCCUAUAGAGAAGAACAUUCUGCAGAUGUGGAAGGUGGGUCCUGAAGACCCAGACUUCCCCUACAGACCGGAGUUUGACAGCUGGACAGAGAUGAAUCCGGGCUAUAACCACGUGCACUACACCAACGCGAAGCUUGGCGAGUACGUGCUGGGUGUGUUCAACGAAACGGUGCCGGAAGUGGCCGAGACAUUGAAGCAAUUUCCCAAGCUAAUUUUGGAGUCUGACUUCACGCGAUAUGCCUGGAUCUUCUUGAACGGGGGAGUGUAUGCGGAUUUGGACACAGAGUGCACGGAGCCGAUUGACAACUGGCCCGACGCGCACGACAGGUCCAUCCAUGCUCUGAUCGCCAUGGAGAGCGACUAUAACAUCCCCGAAUGGGACGAGAUGAACACUGGCCGGCUGCAGUUUGAGAACUGGGGCUUCAAAUUCAAAAAACACCAUCCGGCGCUGGCAAGGACCAUUGCCAACGUUGUCAAGCUGACAUUCAAUCAGCAGGCGUGCCGCAAAUUCGAGGAUAAGUUCAAGCACAUGGGACUGGAUAGUUGCCAUCCGCUUGGGGUGAUUGAGUGGACCGGUCCCGGCGUGUUCACACAGUCGAUGGUGGACUUCUUCAACAAGGAGCAGAAGUUGGAGAUCAGGGACUUUGAUUUCUACCGAACGAAAAAGGAGAUUUUUGGGCCAGACACAAACGACUUUGUGAGCUAUAGAACGUUCACGGGAAUCGAGUCGCCGCUUAUUCUGAACGACGUGUGCGUUCUGCCGCCUCGCGGCUUCCAAUGCCAGGACGAGAUGAUCGGUAAGUACUGCUACAUGAAGCACAAGUAUUACGGAGGAUGGAAAAAUGAGUGA